AUGGCUACAGACGCCGACAUCGAAGCCUCGGUGCUCUCACAACUUGCAUCAACUAAAUAUGCCUGCUCAUCGAUAACGCGCUUGAAUGGAGGAACAGCUAAUUUCGUUUACCGGGGUACGCUGACAGACCCUGAGUCUAUUGGAAGUACGGAGCGAGAAAACCCGAACGUUAUCAUCAAGCAUACGACAGAUUUUGUGGCUCUGAACCGGGACUUCAAGUUAGAUGGUGAAAGAUGUGUCUUCGAGGCUCUGGUUCUAAAGGGGUUGAAUAACUUCUCCGCGGCACGAGAUGCAGCACUCUCGCCACCGAUCACAGUCAAAACACCUCAGUUAUAUGACUUCAACCCGUCAACCCACACACAAAUAAUCGAAGACUUGCCCGAUUCAUCAGAUCUCAAGACAUGGCUCUUAUCCCCCGAAGGCAUGCGUAUUGACAAACCAGCGGCAAAUGCGAUUGGGCAUGCGCUAGGGUCAUGGCUGGCGUCUUUCCACACCUGGGUUUCACACGACGAGCAAAUAGCCCUUAGAAACAAGCUGGCCGAGAACAAGUCAAUGCAACAGCUCAAAUACGUCAUCAACUACGAUCGACUUCUCAAUAUGAUUGACAUAUACCCUCACAUCCUGGGGGAAAAUCGGUCCGUCUUUGAAAAAGUCAGAGCACAUGCUGCUCAGGAGAUCUCCACACAUACAUCCAGUUCUGCCAGCAUUGGAGACGACAGCUGGGGCCCUAUCCACGGCGACUUUUGGACGGGCAAUAUCCUCAUUUCCCCCAACCAGCACAAACUCUUCAUUAUAGAUUGGGAAAUGACCCAGUCAGGAAUGCGCGCCCUAGAUCUAGGUCAAGUCCUCGCCGAACUCUACGAAAUCAAGCAAUUCAGAAACAUCGAUGCAGGGAUCUGGAUUAUGCAAGGACUGGUUGAAAAGUAUCACUUGCUCAACGAGGAGCAGGCCUACAGGACAGCAGUGCAUAUGGGCGUCCAUUUGGUGUGUUGGAGUGGUGUGCCUGGCUGGGCGACAGCGAGUCGGGUUGAGGACGUGGUUAGGAUGGGACGAGAUAUCAUCGAAAAGGCAUGGGAGAGAGACAGAGAGUGGUUCGCGAAGGAUGAGACGUUAAGCUUUCUUUUGAGAUGA